AAAGGUAAAAGUAAUCCGUUAUAUUAUAAAUUUGUAUUAAUGUGGCUAAAAAAAAGAAUACGAGGAUUGGAAGUAUGAAUUUUACGGAAAAUUCAGAUAAGCAGGUUAUCAUAGAUGAUCGUCUGCAUCAUUUUAUUGAGACCGAAACGAAGAAACAACAAUUUCAAGGAUUAGUACAUGAACUAACAGGUAUUUGUUGGGAGACUUGUAUGGACAAACCAUCACCACGCCUAGAACCCAAAGUUCAUAAGUGUCUCGUGAAUUGUGUGGAAAGAUUCAUUGACACUACUAAUUAUAUCACAAACAGAAUAGAACGUAUUGCGACAAAUUUACAACCUGAAUCAGAUAGUAUAGAAUGAUUUCAUCAUUCUGAGAAUGUACCAAUCUUUAUCUUCUAUCAGUUGUAUAAAGUUUGUAAUAUAUUUA